CUCUAGAGGAGAGAGGGAUAGACACAGGAGGGAGGGAGGAGAGCAGAGUCUGAGCCCAAACAAAAGCAGGACACCGAGCUGUGUGGAACUUCCCUGCUCCGGUACAGACCCCACCCUCCCGGAGCCCCAUCGGUGGGAGCUUUUCGGCUCUACCUGGAUCCUACCCGCACGUCUUCUUGACUUGUCCGGAUCUGGACGGAUUCCUGUGCCCUGGGAUUAAAAGGAGGGACCCACAACAAAGACAGGGGAGAGAAGAACAAUAAGAGUUCCCUGUGCGCCGCUACAACAGCACGGGAGCUGCAGAGCACACACAGGGUGCACAGAGGGUGCUGCAGAGCACACAGGGUGCUGCAGAGCAGGGCUCGCUCCUGGAGAUGGAUGAUCAGCCCAGGCUAAUGCAUAGCCACCCCGGGGUGGGAAUGGCAGGUCACCCCAGCCUGUCCCAGCACAUGCAGGAUGGCACUGGAGCCACCGAGGGGGAGGGAGGCAGGAAGCAGGACAUAGGGGAUAUAUUACAGCAGAUCAUGACCAUCACUGACCAGAGUCUGGAUGAAGCACAGGCCAGGAAGCACGCGCUGAACUGCCACAGAAUGAAGCCUGCGCUAUUCAAUGUGCUAUGUGAAAUCAAAGAAAAGACAGUGCUCAGUAUUCGAGGCGCACAGGAGGAGGAACCAGCAGAUCCCCAGCUUAUGCGGUUAGAUAACAUGCUACUCGCGGAAGGAGUUGCAGGUCCAGAGAAAGGAGGAGGCUCUGCAGCAGCGGCAGCAGCUGCUGCUGCAUCAGGAGGAGCCGGAUCAGACAACUCAGUGGAACAUUCUGAUUACAGAGCCAAACUCUCCCAGAUAAGACAGAUCUAUCACACAGAGUUGGAGAAAUAUGAACAGGCAUGUAAUGAGUUUACCACCCACGUGAUGAAUUUACUGAGAGAGCAGAGCCGGACCAGGCCCAUAUCACCCAAGGAGAUUGAACGUAUGGUGGGAAUCAUCCACAGAAAGUUCAGCUCAAUUCAGAUGCAACUCAAACAAAGCACAUGUGAAGCAGUCAUGAUUCUGCGCUCCCGUUUCCUGGAUGCACGACGGAAGAGAAGAAACUUCAACAAGCAAGCUACAGAAAUUUUGAACGAGUAUUUUUAUUCCCACCUCAGCAACCCAUACCCCAGUGAGGAGGCCAAAGAGGAGCUAGCCAAGAAGUGUGGUAUCACAGUGUCACAGGUAUCAAACUGGUUUGGAAAUAAACGAAUCCGCUACAAGAAGAACAUAGGUAAAUUUCAAGAGGAAGCCAAUAUUUAUGCUGCCAAAACAGCUGUGACUGCUACCAAUGUGUCAGUUCACGGAAGUCAAGCCAAUUCGCCCUCAACUCCCAGUUCUGCUGGAAGCAAACAGACGGAACGCGGGGCUGUUCAACCUCAAAACAAAAUGCAGUUCCUCUCACCACAGAACCUCGGUUCUUCCAGUUCUUUUAACAUGUCAAACUCUGGAGAUUUGUUCAUGAGCGUUCAGUCUCUCAAUGGGGAUUCUUACCAAGGUGCCCAGGUUGGAGCCAACGUACAGUCACAGGUGGAUACCCUUCGCCAUGUUAUCAGUCAGACAGGCGGAUACAGUGAGACUCUGACAGCGAAUCAGAUGUACAGUCCGCAGGGCAUCAGUGCUAAUGGGGGGUGGCAGGAUGCAGCUACCCCUUCGUCUGUGACUUCCCCUACGGAAGGACCCGGCAGUGUCCACUCCGAUACCUCCAACUGAGCAGCUCCUGAAUCUCCACUCUUGAAAGCCAGAUUCCAUCCCUUUCCCUCUUACUCCAAACGGCCCCUGUGGAAAUGCAGCAAACAGAACGACCUCUUGUGACAUUGGCUCUUAAAGCCUCCCCAAUACUUCAUCUAGGAUCAUCACCCCUCUCCGUACCAUUUUCCACUCUGUGUUAUCAAACGUAUUCUGAUUUGUUCACACCCUCCAUUUAACAAGAAGAGAGAAAAUUUGGGAGGGGCAGGUUGCUGCGGAUAGGUUACCGCAUCAAGAAGUGGUGAUUUAAAAGUGGCUGCCAUUUGCACGGGAGCAGCCAUCUUUAAAUAAGCUGCGAAUUGAAACACACAAAAAAUAAAAGAAAA